AUGUCGAAAGGUCGUCACAUGCCGCGAAGCGAACUCCUCUACAAGCGCCUGUCCACCAUAUGGCCAAUUGAAGGGGACUCCAUUCCGAGGCACGACUUCAACCAGGCGAUGUCACGGACGUACCGGUACCAGCUUCCGCGGAACUGGGACAACAAGCCCAUCAAAGGCAGACUUCCGUUCGGAAAGGAGGGAGACGUGUACCUGGACGGGAGGCGGGAGACCAUGUACCGAAAGGAGAUCUCGCUGCAUGACGGGUGGGAGGACUUUGACGAGGCCGAGUUCUUCGAGAGUUUAGAUGGAGGUGGUGGAAGACGAGAGAGAUGCAUGGCAUAUUCGCUGGGAGACAUCCCAAUGCGUCCAGCGAAGGCUAAGGGUAUCAGAAGGGAGUAUGAACUUGUCGAUGGGGUACCAGAGGUUCUCGUCCUCGAUGACGAGAUCGAUAGUACGCAAUCUGAGAACGACUGGGAGGAGAUACACGUCGUCACCGAGGUGGAUAAAAGUAACAAUAAAGGUGAAAGACAGCUGUACUCCUCUGUCGUGAAGGGCGGGUCCACCACCAAACAUAUAGCAGACGGUGGGUCGCCCCGUGAAACGAGUGGAUAA